CUUUUCCCAUUCUUCUCUCUUAAGGCUGUCUUUUGAAUACCGCACCCGAGCUACAGAUUCCACUAAUACUUCGCCGCCGAUUCGCAAGCCAAGAAUCCGCAGACGACCGAUUUGUCAAAAUACUCGUCGUGCAAGGUCAACCUCAGGAACAGUAGCGGAAGAAACGCGGAAAAGGAACAAACCAUCGAAAAUGGCCACCAACAGCCCGGAGGAUCGUGAGGAAGCGUCCUCUACUCUCCCUCGUCUUCGUAAUGAGCCAUUAAGAUUUGACGAGGAUCGAGUCUAUCGCACGACACCGCCUGACUCUCCAAAGAUACACGCCUCGCCACAAUUUUUCAAGUGUUGGCAGGAGGGUGUCGAAAGUUCAGAAGUUGAGGACUUCGUCCAUGAACCACAGCCAUUAUCGCGUCUGCGAUCACGGUUUUUCAGAUCCGUAGAUGCAGAAUGCGGAGCCUGGACGUCCCCUUCUGGUCCCAAAUGUCCUGCAUCAUUCGGUGACCAUGGGACCACAGCCACCGCUGGGGCGUUUGGACAGCUCGUACAAUUCAGUACCCAUCUCGGUGCUGGAAAUUCUGGCAUGUUUUCUGCAGGCCAUAGCUAUACCAGGUGGCCCUACUCGAUUACCGGCAGAGCAGAAGACCUUCUCUUCCUUGCAUCGGAGUCUUUUGAAAACGCCCAGAGGGAGUUAUACGGCAAUGUCUUCGGGCUCAAAUUCCUGAACUUGAUGCCAACACGGGCAGGCUAUCCUCCACCGAGGCUGAAAUGGUUCAGGUACCGGUGGCCACGAUAUGUGUACAGAAGAUUAAAUCCCAACGGGACAGGAAAUGUCCAGUUGACGAUACAAUUCAUUAUCCGCGACAACACUGUGUUGCAACAAUGCAUCCUGGAGAACCAAGGGCCGGCCGUUACUCUUGGACUGGCGUUUUCCAAAGGAAUGCGCAUAUCCGAUCUAGACCACGUGACGGACGACUAUGAAUUCAACAAGGCGGUUCCGAAUCGACAGAACGCAGGUCCAGGCCCGGGGGGAUUCGGCUGGGUUCAAGUGAAUCGUUUCUUGGAAGAAUCGUCGGACACUCAAACCGAGUCUCAACACCCAAGCCACGAGGAAAUUUCAGACAGCAAUAGUUCCAAUAGCAACAAUGGUGAAACCGAUUUCGGGGUUGUAGUCGUCACUUCCAUGGCUGUGAAUGGGAGGAUGAUGAGAUUCUGCCCGGGAGAGUCCCCACACAUCUGGCAUGAAGUACUCAGGGCCAGAUCCAAGUUGGAGAUAGUCACAGCAUACAAAUUAGUCCGACUCGAGAGUCCUUCAUACGACUGGAAAACGUUCGUCAUUCCAUUCAGAGGGAUGAAUGUGAACCGUUUCUUAUGGGAAGCAGAUGCAGUACUCAUGUUCCGCAAACCUAUUACCAGAAUCAAUCGGAAAGACGGUCUACAUUCAGAGCAUCAUAAGCGGGGCUCCGAAUCGCUGCAACGGGAGCAAAGAAAAAACAGUGUGGACACAGUGAAUGCCUCACAAGACCGGAUAGCUACUGCUGAGAGCCAGCCGCAGACCAAUCUCUUCGUGUCACGAGCUGUUGGCUAUGGCUCAACGCUGAAAAGGACCUCGCCAACCAUGGACCGCAUCGAGUUCACAGUUCGGCGAAAUUUGCAGCACAUUCUGGACGUCUGCGCCAUACCAGUCGCAGUAAGCUUAUCUCGAACAGAUCCUGGGGACUUGAUCUGGCAGAACCUACGUGGUGUGCAGGCUGUAGCUCUAAGUUGCGGAGAUUUGUCAGGUCAUCGGAUAUGCACUACGUCCAGCUUGUAGUUAUUACCCCUGCCAUUUAUGCCUUGUCACUUUGUAACUACAUGAAAUACUGACAGAAGUAUCACAGCUUUGCGUUUCAAUUCCUCACAGAAGUAGCCAAGCGCUUAAACUCUCUUCCUCAGCGUGAUAGGGAUGACAUUGAAGUCCGGGCCCUUCUGUCUCGAAUCAAAGACGUUUGUUUGGGUCAUAUCAAAUGGCUGUAUGCUACAGAGAAGAAUGAUGAGCAACCUGGAUUUGGAUCGGUCUACUGGGUGAGCGGUGAGGCAGCAAUAUUGUCAGAAUCAAGUGACUCCUGGGCCCCAGAUGACCAUGUUCGGGAUACAGCACUCCACAUACUCCAGGCCACGGAAUUUGCAAACACUUUUGCUGAAGUCAAGGACGGCGAACCAGGGAUAGUCAGCCAACUGAUUCGCCGCUGGGGACGCGUGUGGGUGCGAUGGCUUGUAAGAGAAGACAGGCGGGAAAGCCUUGCGUGGUGUCACAAGGAGGAUCAAGACCUCCAAGUCUUUAGGCUGGAUGAUCAUGUCUGGAUUUGGAGGGCUUUGAAGGCAGUCGAAGACGAGAAAUAUGGGACAUGGGCAAUGUCGGAUGACGAGAUGCAGCAGAGAGACAGACGACCAUCAGCAGACCCAGCAGCAUUUCCAGUUGAGGCCCACAGGAAGUUACGAACCAGUCAAAAACUUUCAUCUUGGAUGAUUCAAAGGGAAGCACUACUAAAGUUCACAACGAAUCAUGAGAUCAUGCGGAAGAAGAUGGUCGCUCUCACGAGGUCGCCCCGAGAAACACGAUUCUUGUUUCACGCCCGCGAUACCGCACUCUUCUACGGCGAGGACAUGGGAUUCUUUCCUGAGGAUGGGGCAGGUCAACAGGCUUGGAAAAAAACCAUUGAUGCCCAGCGACUCCAUGAACGCAACCAGGAGGCUCGGUGGGACAAUGCUCUUCGAUACGCCUUAUCAAUCAUGCUUGGCACAAGAGGACAUCAGAUUAACGAUAGAAAGCCAGGACACAUGGUGCGAGUAGCCACCGAAGUACUGCUUCGAAGCAGCAGUGAGAACGGGCUAUUUCCUGGAAAGCUCGACAUCGUGGCGAAGAGCCCGCUGGAUGGUGUUUUCCGCCGGGAAGAGGAUGCUCACUCUUGUUACGAUGCCAGUUUCGAAAUCCCUUACAUUUUCCUCACUCAUUUUGACGCGAUAGAGGCUGAGAUUUUGUCCAAGUCGUUCUAUCCUGGUCCGGCAAAGGAAGAUUUAUCAGUGAAUGCGAGUUUCAGCGUCGGCCCAACUCUUCCAAGUCCCACCUCACUUGAAACGGUGGCAGCAUACCAGGCCAGGAACCCGCAGGCUCAGGGGAACCAAAAGGAAGAUGACGACUUACGGGAAAUAGUCAAAACUCUAGCGGAAGUUGUGAACACACUCCCCUUACUCGCAAAAUCCACUCCACCAAGUAAUUUCAGAAGACCGGACGAACUUUCGGGGGAUGCUCGGCCUGUACUCAAGAAGUCCAUGCCUCUCAGCAACAUUAUCGAAUCACACAAUGUUGUCGAGAUAGAAGAUGAGUGGCUCUUUAACUAUCCGGACUUUUUUGGCUCUGAAAAGGACGACCAUAUCUCUAUUGACGACACCUUGGACUCGGUGGAUGAUUUGGAUGCAAGAUGGCUCCGAAUUAUCGAUGUCGUGGAAAUGAGGCGGAAGUAUUCUCCAUACGACAGCGAGGACGACAGAGAAGAUUACGAGAGCACAGUUCCCAGUCAAGGUACCUCUUCUGCCUCCUCUUACUCCAACGCACCAAGUUCCAGCCAAACCUCGGUAGAGGAGGGAGGCCCCGAUGACUGUGGACUCCAUGUUCUGGAUAUUGGUAGCCGGAAGCGUCUCCAAAGGAAAGGGCGCAAAGACGUGUUCCACCGGAUCGUGGGGUCUUUUGAAUACAUCUGGUUUGAGAUAAGCAGGCCCAGGACUGUGGCCAGAGCGAAGAAGCGUGUGAUCGUCUGGGAGCGCUCUGACCCCAAAUUGGAGCUGGAAGCAGCGCUGCUAUGCUAUUCCGCGAGCAAGGGCAAGGAGAAGGCGGACAUGCUAGAAUUCUUUGAGCGGCAUUUCCGGUGUGAGAACUUCAUGUUCGACCAUUGUAACCUGGCAUACAACACCUGGGAGACCGAGGUACACUUGAGCUUCUUCAUCCUCGAAGACGCGUCCGGGCCACUCACCGCUGAUGCGCCUCUAAUCGCGCAGAGGUUUCCAGGGCUUCAAGGUAAGCGCAUUUGCCGUGGGUCCAUGGGAAUGCGCUUCUAUGGGGACGCAUUUGAUCGCUAUUGGACGCUUCACAUGUUUUCCAACGUGGACCCAGAGGAAACAGAUGAGAGAGGAGGCAAGGUUAUCUCAGCACUUAACACGGUCAACAAAGACAUGCAAUCAUCUGUUCAAAGAAAGGUCCUUGAACUGCAUGUUAUCGCUAACAUGCUAUCCUACGUCGAAGCUUGGACGCAGAUGAUCCUCGCAGAGGUCAAGUCCGAAAUUGGAAUCAAAUCUGGGGCAUUUUCGUGGUCAAUUCCCAGCAUGGACACAUAUUCUUCAUGGCACAGAAAAUGGGAAGGCUUCGCGCCACUUCUACAAGCUCUUGCCGACGACCUCGUCUCGGCCCAGGAUAUAGUUGGCCAAUGGGACGCGCGCGAGGGCGGUCGGGGACAAGAGAGGCCGCGCUGGACUCACAACGACGAGAGGAAGUAUCGCGCCGCCAUCACGAGGGCUCAGAGGGUGGUUGACUGGCACAAGAAGAAGAUCAAAGACGCGCUAAACGAUGUCGAGUCGCUACGGGAAGCCUGCACCACCAGGCUGGCGAAUGCCCGGGAGGAGCUGGCGUUUCGGAGCAGCCAGAACAUCGCCUCGUUCACCUACGUCACCAUCGUAUUCCUCCCGCUCGGGUUCGCGGCCAGCGUCUUCAGCAUGAACGGGUACCCAGACGCUGGCUGGGUGGCCAGCAUGACCGUGAUCGCCGUCGUCACCCUGGCAAUCACGACAAUCGCACUGGCCAACGCGAAGAUGCUACUCGGCGUGGCCGAGCAGGUUUCAAAGGAUGCCCGGAGAUUUACGGGGACUGUGUUCCGGUCCAGCCUUAUAGGCCAGCAGCAGCAACAGCGCCGACGGGGCGAGCGGGUGUCGGACUCCCCAGAGCCGAAUGAGUCCUCGAAUGAUGACCCGAAGGCCGGCGAGCCUCUGGACGGCCGUACAAUACGACAUGUCCUGUUCUGGAUGGCGUAUCUCCUCAUUGAGCUCCCGGGAAAAAGAGUCGCACUCGCCUGUCGAGAGCUUCCGGCAUCCUUGAAGCAGACUCUAGGCUCGCCACGCCCUGAUGAUGGACCAGCAGGGACAGGUGGAGUCGGCUCGACUGACGGAGACUCCGAAGUCUUAUUGUCAGCUGCUUCGAUUUUCCGCAAGAGCAUGCGGAUCGUGGGGGGUGUAUUGCUUCUGCCGCUAUUGUUCAUCUCUUGGACGAUGCAACUCCUCUUUUAUAAUAUUCUUGACAUCCUGGUCUUCCUCGGUCAUUUAAUGAGAAGGACUUUCUAUGGUCUGGUCACUUUUGGCGAUUCCAAUGGACCAGCGACGAACACUAAAGUAUUAAAGUGGUUGAUAGACCCGCCAUCCUCAUUAAGACCGAUGAGGAAUGUCAUGAGCAGGGACGAAGUGGGCCAGGACUCCCUGGCCUCUACGCAAAGCGCUACAUCAGUGGAAUCGGACCAGAGCGAUCCUGACCCGCGUGAAGAGGUAUAAAGGAGGCAUGUCUUCUCGGCAGUUUUAUGCCUAAUGACGGUUUUUUUUAAUCAUU